AAGAUGGGCGGCAUCACGCGAGACAGUGUCAAGACCUUCCUUUGGAAGAACACAUUUGUAAUCUUCACUGUGGCUGCAGUGGCUUUAGGGGUGCUGCUGGGUUUUGCUCUCAGGCCUCAUAACCUGUCCAUCAGGGAGGUGAAGUAUUUUUCUUUCCCUGGAGAGCUGCUCAUGAGAAUGCUUCAGAUGCUUGUUCUACCACUCAUCGUCUCCAGUCUUGUCACAGGAAUCUCGUCCUUAGACAGCAAGGCAUCUGGGAAGAUGGGAAUUCGGGCCAUCAUCUACUACAUGGUGACAACGUUUAUAGCUGUUUUCAUCGGUAUUGUCAUUGUGAUUCUUAUCAGGCCAGGGAAAGGGAGCAGGGACAGUCCGAUGACCUCUAGUGGCAGCAUUGAGCCAGUGCAGGCUGCUGAUGCCUUUCUGGACCUGAUAAGAAAUAUGUUUCCACCAAAUUUAGUUGAGGCCUGCUUCAAACAGUAUAAAACACUAUACAAGACGACUGUGCUGAUCGAAAAUGUCAGCAUCAUGGUCAAUGCCACAAUCUUGCAGACCGUCCAGAAGACACUGGAAGAAGUUGUCCCUGUUUCAGGUUCUUCUAAUGGGGUGAAUGCCCUGGGGCUGGUGGUCUUUUCCAUGUGCUUUGGUUUAGUGAUUGGAAACAUGAAACAGCAGGGCCAGGCUCUGCGGGACUUCUUUGACUGUCUGAAUGAGGCCAUAAUGCGCUUGGUGGCUAUCAUUAUCUGGUAUGCUCCGGUGGGCAUCCUCUUCCUGAUUGCAGGGAAGAUUGUGGAGAUGAAGGAUCUUGCGCAGGUGGGAGGACAGUUAGGGAUGUACACGGUGUCUGUCAUUGUCGGGUUGCUCAUCCACGGCCUGUUUGUUCUACCUCUGCUCUUCUUUGUGGUGACCAAGAAGAAUCCGUACACCUUCACUGCUGGGCUGCUGCAGGCUCUGAUCACUGCUUUCGGCACCUCGUCCAGUUCUGCUACCCUGCCCAUCACCUUCCGUUGUCUUGAGGAAAACAACCAUGUGGACAAAACAGUGACGCGAUUUGUGCUGCCAGUCGGAGCUACAAUUAACAUGGAUGGAACAGCUCUGUACGAGGCAGUGGCAGCCAUUUUUAUUGCCCAAGUCAAUGACAUGGACCUAAAUUUUGGGCAAAUCCUCACCAUCAGCAUCACGGCGACUGCUGCCAGCAUUGGAGCAGCAGGCAUCCCUCAGGCUGGGCUGGUUACCAUGGUGAUAGUAUUGACAUCGGUGGGACUGCCCACAGAGGACAUUACACUGAUCAUUGCAGUGGACUGGUUCCUGGAUCGACUUAGGACCACCACCAACGUUUUGGGAGAUUCGUUUGGCGCUGGAAUUGUUGAACAUCUUUCACGUCAGGAACUUCAGAACCAAGAUGUAGAAAUAAUCAACUCUGUUAUCGAGGAGAAUGAAAAGCACUACCAGCUCAUCUGUCAGGAUAAUGAUCCUUUCAAUCUCUGCAACAGUGAAACCACCAUGUAACAGCCAUGGUAUUAAACAAACCUGGUAAUAUAGUGUACCUUAACCACUGUUCAAUAGAACAUUUUUCAAAAAAUCUAAAUAUGCUCAAUGGAAUGUUGCAAAGAGAACAGACAUAUCAGAAUGUACAGUAACUAAAAGAGACCCCAAUGCAAAUGUAUUGUUUGUGCUAUUAUCUGUAAGUAUAAAGGAAAUUACAUCAAAGGCAAAGUAGCACCCUAUUAAAAUAACACAAUGUUAGGUUUAUAAUUGCCUUUUUGGGACUGAUGAACAUUAAACAAAAAGGUCUUUUGGUAACAUUUUCUAUGAAGCCUGUAUUUAUAAUGC